UGAUUAGUACAAUAACCAAUCCGAAACAACCUGGAUCCUCACUCAGUAGCCGCCGCCCUUCCACUCCAGAAAUAUAUUCCCCCUCAUCCUAAUCCCAUUCCUCCGUUGAGUCAAUUCAAUUCCACCACUCUCACUAUCACUCUCCUCAUUCCAUUCCAUUUACUUUCAGAUACUCCAUCACAAUUCCGUAAUUACCCUUUCUUUUUAUUCCUUUUCAAUAAAGUUCUGAAAAAUAUUCAGGAUCUGUGUGCGCCCGCUGCUUCAUUAUUUUUUAUUAUUAUCUGAUUAUUUUCAUUCCGCUUUCUCCGUAAAUCAUUUCUUUUUUAUUGAGUUAAAUUUAAUCAGCACGUAAUUAUUAUUGUAUAUAAUGUGUUUGUUUUGUAGAACCACAAUCGGAUUUUGUCAACGCCGAUGCUUCUAGAACCUACCCGACGUCGUUUCAACGUUUUUCUCAACUUCUAUUAACAAAUUUGCUGCAUUUUGUUUUUCUCUGGUUUGUGAAACAAUGGAUUUGGGGGCAAAAUCAGUGGAUGAAGUGUUGGAGGAGAUAAUGAGGAUUCAUAAAUCGCUUCCUGCAAGACCUGCAAUUGAUGAUGUUGAAGGUGCCAGAAUAUUAAUUCGAAAUUUGGAGGCUGAAGAACAAGCGAAAAUUGAAGCAAUUUGUAAGCAAAAGAAGCGAAAAGAUGUUCCAGAUGAGUUGUUUAAUGUGCUUGUAGAGAUGCAGAAGCAUUUUGUUAGGUUCCAGAGUGAAGAACAGAAGAAGGAAGCUGUUAAAUUGCUGGAUCUUGAAAAUGCCCACCAACUGUUUGAUGAAAUGAUUCUGAGAGCUUCGGGUUGUUGCGGUCCGCGUGGGACGCAAGCAGGUGCAUCGGGUGCGUCGAGUUCGAGUAGUGUUGCUAGUUAUGCUUCUCCGAGUGCGGUGAGUGUGGCUGCAAAGCCGGUCUCUGUUUCGAGCUCAUACUUUGAUAAGGAGCCUGCGAAAACUACUGAGUUGGUUACUAGAGAUGAUAGCUAUGUUAGUAAGUCGAAGUCAGUGUUUAAUGGCGACUCAAUACGAUCAGGGUUUCAGUCGAGUGAUGUUUUGAAGCCGAAGAUUGUGGAUUCGACGCUAAAACCUGCUGUUGGUUCUGGUCAAGGUGAUUCGAAAAUGAAUCUUAUGAAGCUUGCUAGUUUGAUUGAAGUGUCUUCGAAAAAAGGAACUAAAGAUCUGAAUCUUCGGAAUAAGUUGAUGGAUCAGAUCGAAUGGCUUCCCGAUUCAAUCGGGAAGUUAUCUGGCUUAAUCACACUAGAUCUAUCAGAAAAUCGUCUUGUUACAUUACCGUCUUCCAUCUCAGGGCUUUCAUCAUUGACAAAGCUCGAUUUGCAUUCCAACAAAAUCGUUGAACUUUCGGAAUCUAUCGGUGAUCUUCUCAGUUUGGUCUAUCUCGAUCUACGUGCGAACCAGUUGUCAACGCUUCCCGCUAGCUUGAGUAGAUUGAUCCGGCUUCAAGAGCUUGAUUUGAGCUCAAACAACCUGUCGGUUCUUCCGGAAUCAAUCGGUUCGCUUGUUAAUCUACAAAAACUCAACAUUGAAACCAAUAAUAUUGAAGAAAUCCCACAUGUUAUCGGUCAUUGUGUAUCGCUCAAAGAGCUUCUUGCAGACUACAACAAACUUAAAGCCCUACCAGAAGCUGUAGGAAAACUCGAGUCGCUCGAAACGUUAUCGGUUCGUUACAAUAACAUCAGCAGGCUGCCGACCACCAUGUCAUCACUGACAAACAUAAAGGAGCUUGAUUUAAGUUUCAACGAACUUGAAUCGGUACCUGAGAGCUUAUGUUUUGCUACCACUCUCGUAAAAGUCAACAUCAGCAACAACUUUGCUGACCUAAGAUCACUACCGAGGUCCAUCGGGAACCUCGAGAAUUUGGAAGAACUCGAUAUGAGCAACAACCAAAUACGAGUUCUUCCGGAUUCAUUCCGGAUGCUAUCAAAGUUACAAGUGUUAAAAACCGAAGGGAACCCUUUGGAGAUACCACCACGAGACGUUCUUGACAAAGGCGCUCGGGCGGUUGUCUUGUACAUGAACGAACUUCAUGAGAAGAAGGACGAGAAGGUUCAACCAGUCAAAAAGAAGAAAUCAUGGACUCAUAUUUUCUUUUCCAUGUCUAACAAACGCAAGCGGAUCACCAUGACUAACUGAACACGUAACUUGCACGAGUGUCAAACCGUCAACGAGUUUUUAUGUAAAAGAUGUAGGCAGGAAAAUGGAAGGAAGGUGAUGAACAUGUGAUAUUGUGAACAAUUUUAGGCUGUAUCUUAAAUAACUAGUUUGGAGCUACUACAGAGGGAUACUGUCAUCACAUGCUAAUGCUUUUACCUAAAUUCAGGAGAUGCUGAGCUGUCAUGGGGUGGAACUAUGAACAAACCUAAGUUCUUCAAGUAUGCUUCCUCUCAUUCCCUUUAUAGACAUACUUUAAUACUGUAUUGUUAUUAUUAUUAUUGUUAUAUCUUUGAUUAAUUAUUUUAUUUAUCGUGUAACCGGAAGUGUAUGUUUGGUAAAUACCAAAGUAGAUGAUAGUUACAGUGAAUAAAAUGAAAAUUAUGUGUGAUUUACACGUUUGAAAUGAAAUGAAAUGAAAUGAAAAUCUGUUAGGGGA